AUGCCCUAUAUCAGCCCGGAAGAUAGGUUUCUGAGAGAUGCGAAGGUGUACCUGCAUGACGACUUCAAGACCCCGAAGGCGGAAAUUAAAAGGAACAAAGUGAGUUAACCAUUAAGAAGUGUUUUCUAUAAUCUUUAAAUUUCAGGCUCACAACGUGGUCCUGAUUCUUCUCAAGGUUCUGAUGGUCAGGUUAAUGACAGACAAGGUGAGUUGAGCAAAAAUUAAUUCAGGGGUAAAUCGUAUUUAGAUUCCGGCCGGUCUGCUCUUUGAAGAGAUCCGAAAACACCAAAAAUCUCGACGGGUGGGCGAGUUCGAAGACAUGUAUACAGAUGUGUUAUGCAAUUCUAAACAUGUGUAUGGCUGGUCGUGGAUCGAGCGUAACACGGGAUUUCGACAGUGGCCAAUGUUUCUGGCUCUCCCGCCGUACAAUCAGAUCAAAAUCUCGUUGGGAAUGAAUCGGUACUUCUCGUUUAGCACAAAUGAACGUGAGUUUACAGAAUUCAAAUAGAUUAAACGUUCCGUUUUUGCAGCGAAACUUCUUCCUGAAAGACGUCAACUUCCGUCCCUUGAGGAGCUGUGUAAACUUGCCGAUAAGGAACCUCCGGUAGGAUAUUGAUAAGUAUGAAUUCCUGGAAGAUAAUUGUUGCUUUAUUUCAGCCGGUGCCGGAAUUCGUGUCAGACGGUCCUGAGUAUUAUGUGAGUGCUUAAUGUUUCUAGCCAGUCAUAGUAGAUCUUUCAGUCCUGUCGGUCGAGUGAUUCCAUCUCUAGCAGCUGGAUGCGUGAGGGAUGUUACAGUGAUUUCGAAGGAGAAGAAUCGGAGUAUGCUUGGAAAAAAGAAUUAUUCAAAGAGGGAGAAGAGAGAUUCAAGAGAGAGCGAACAGCGAGAUGGGCCCGGAACGCAGAAAGACGGAAGAUAUAUGAGGAAAAUCGAGAGCGAAGAUUUAAAAAAACACUUUCGGGGCCUUUUUCUGAUACAGAUACUACUUUGCAAGAAAGGGAAGGCCAUGUGCAAGGUGAGGCUGUAAUUGGGGCAAUCUUGAUGUCUUUAUAAGCUUUUAGAAUAUCGAACUGAUGAGGAGAACAUGGAGCACAAUGAAAUGCAUAAUCAGAUCAAAUUCCUGGGCUUCACAGACGAUUGGGAGAACGACGCGGUACGCUUGCUGAUUAUUACUCAAUUACAAUUGUUUCCUUGCAGGUUCAUCGUGAUCCUCCUGCUGUGCCAGAGUCCACAGGCUCUAAGUCCCCCGGUCCCCCAUGCUCGUCAAUACCUGAUUCCCGUCUGUCGGAGCAUGAUUCCUAUUCAUCUGAUCGUGCUGAAUUAGCCCCAUUGACUGAGUUUUCUCGUCUUUCACUCCGACCAGGCCAUGAGGAACAACUCGAUUCUAGAAGCGACUACAACUCAGCGCAACACUACCCAUGUACUGACUUUGACUGCCAGUCAUUCUGCCCGAAAACCUCUCCACCGUUUCCUUCUUCCCCGAGAAACAGUCCGGACCAGUCGCAGGAUCUGGGUUACUCUCGCUAUGCGCCAGAACCAGUGGAAGAUUGCCGUCAGCUUCGGGCUCAGGAUGUUGAUCCAUAUCGAAAUGAACUUCAACUUGAGGAAUAUUGCUGUCAACCUCAGAUGUCUGAGUACAAUGCUUCUGCCGAUCAUCACCCUUCCCAUGUGGGACACAGACUGGAAAGUGUGAUUCCACAGAAUUUCGAGCAAUAUUCACAGCGGAACGUACAAUAUGAGAGGCAGAUGUUGUCUACCUUUGCACAUGAUGCACAUUCUUUGGAUGAUCAUGGUCAAACAGCAAGUGACUUCCACUCCUAUGGAUAUCACAGUCGUCCAGUGCAACAUAGCUGCCACCAGAAUGAUGCGAAUGCUUCAAGAUGGUAUGUGAACCAACAUCAUCGCAAUUCGAGCUCACCGGAGUGGUCGGGAGAGCGUCACUACCCGGCAGUGCAAUCUUACGCGGUGUCCAACUUUUCGCCUCCAGAAUCCAGAUAUUCUAAUUUCAACCAGCCAAUGUAUGAAGCUCGUGUCAUGGAGGAUUGCCGCGAACCGCCAGGGCCGGAAUUCUCUGAUCGAUCUUGCUGCACUUGUUCUAAUGAGCAGCAAUUCCAACAGACCUGGGAUCAAAGUGAUCGUUAUGCUCUAAGACAUCCGAUGGACGAACGACCAAUCACACAUGAUCAGUAUUCAGUGUCAUCCGGAAUUGGUCAUCCGUCAGUCUACAUCGGAUAUCGGCAUGAUCAUCAGGUUCCGCAGAACACCGAACACGAAUCUCGCUACCCGGAGAACCACUAUCCUUAUCCGGAGCCGAUAAACCCAUUUGCCGGAAGACCUUACAGUGAGUGCUUGUUAUGACCAACCUGAAAUCAAUCAGCUGUAAUUUUUAGAUGAACACGUGGCAGAGAGUCAAUAUUUCCAGGAGCAGCCGGCGCCGCAUCGUGCAAAUCAGCCGCACCAACAACAAGGUAAGAAACCGACUGGCUCCCACAUUUCAAGAUGAAUCUGAAAGUUUUCAGGCCAGAACUACCCGGAACCCAGCUCAUCUCCUUCCUACAACGACUACCGUCAAUAA